GUUUUUAUUUUUUAAUUUAUUUUUCUUUUUAUGAACAGUGCUUUGUGCUUUGUUACCGUACGGAAGCGAAUAAAAGCACCAUUUUAAUACUUUCGAUUUUAACAUUAAUUUUGGAAGUGCCAAAAAAAAAAAAAGCAAAAGCACUCGCCAAAAUGUACACAUUUUAUCAAAAUGAAAAAAUAAUAAUAAUCACAUAGCAAAUAUUAUUUGUGUGUUCUAAGAUACAGUUGGAUGCGGCUCUCAGUAUUUGUACAUGUCAAUAUACGGAGUACUUCAGAAAGAGGCCUGAGAAAGUGGUACCUUUCCUUUCCCUUGCUUCAAACAGCAAAUCUAGGGUUUAGUGUCAACUUCAUCGACCCAUUGCCUUGAAUAAGAAAAUGUUAGACUCCUUCCUAUUCCUACCUGGAGAUUUACUGAUCGAUAUCCUUGCUAAACUACCCAUCAAAACAAUAGUUCGAUGCACCUCUGUCUGCAAAUCAUGGUAUUCUCUCCUCACAAACUCUAUUUUCAUCGCCGAACACCUCAAUUUCAAUCGAUCCAACAACAACCACCUCCUACUACUUCGAAGCUACUCUGAUUCUGAUGAUCAAGAGCAUUAUUCACUACAUGACGACGAUAACGUAAUGUUCUCCAAGUAUGCAGAGCUUGAUUUCCCAUUGAAGAAGAACAAAUUCGAUCAUUAUUUUCGGUUAAUCGGUAGCUGCAAUGGCCUCAUAUGCCUCUCAAACGACCAGUUCGGUUAUCAUCUCUUCCUCUGGAACCCUUCCAUUCGAAAGAUGAUGAUUCUUCCACCAGUUCGUGUCACCUUUCAAUCACACGCUCCACAUAUGUGCAGCAUUGGCUUUGGAUUUGGAUUUGAUUCCAUCACCGGUGAUUACAAGGUCGUCCGGAUGGUGCAUUUUGAUCAAUUCAACAAGCCACCGGAGAUUCACAUUUUCAAUCUCUGCACAGGCACUUGGCGCAACAUCAGUCAUGUGGCGCUUCCGCAUAUCAUCAUCAAUGAGCGGGCUCCCCAGGCUUUUCUAAAAGGGGCUGCGCAUUGGAUUGCUUCGGAAUCACGAAGCUAUGGCCGCAGCGGCUUCUUGAUCGUGUCCUUCCACAUGGGUGAUGAGAAAUUUGGUCAAAUUAUGCUGCCUCAUAACAUCAUGGCUCAUGCCAAUCACUUCAAUCACUUGCUGAUGCAGAGUGCUCUGUAUUUUCGUGUUGCUAAGUUGCAGGAAUCACUCGCCCUCAUCCACCUUACUGGUUCUCGAGACAAUACUUGUUGCAUAUGGAGGAUGGAAGAGUACGGCGUAGCGGAGUCUUGGACUAAACUAUUCAGUAUUGAUAUGACUGGAUCCAAUAGUGUAGUUGGCUUCACAAGGGAAGGUCAAAUUCUAGUGGCAAGGAGGGAUGGGUACCUGGUGGCAUAUGAUCCCGAAGCUGAUGAUUCCAAUCUUGUAAUUCACGGGUCUAAACAUUCAACUUAUAGGCACUCAUUUUACGCAGAGGCUUACACGGAGAGCCUAGUUUUACUUGAAAAGAGAUUUUGUGUACAGCCACUUGUGAGGAAAUCACCUGGGGCUGAGGCUGGGGUUGUUGAAGGGAGGAGUGGAGCUAAGAAAUCAAGAACAGGUUUGUGACGGGUGGAAACUGAAAAUGAGGAAACAAGUGAAGAUGGGGAGCUGCAAAAACAGUAGAACUGUAGAAGUUGCAUAGUGAACUCUUCCCCUGCUUUUAGUUAGUUUUACAAUGCUUACAAUAUAAAAACUGUAUAUCCAUGUAGUUAAACACUAUCUUUGUUGAAGAUUUAAUUCACUCGUGAUGCUUUUGAACUCCUGGAGCAUUUGGGCUUGAUUUCUACUUUAUUUGGGGAAGAUUUUAGUCACUUAUGAUACUUUAGAACUCUUGGAGCAUUUGGGCUUGAUAUGCCUCAUAGAUGUUAAUCAUAUUAUGCUGAGAAUAUUUUCAAUUAUCCAUUAUUGCUUAAUCAUGUGCCACUGGCCCAUCGCAUAAUAGGAUUAGCACCUCUAAUUGGUGAAAAGACUAUCCUCUAAAUAUCUGACAUGAUACUAAAUUAAUUAACUUGAAUGAUAUUUCAAGAGUUGCGCUAUUCACCCCUUAUUAUUGGGCUGUUCCUUCAAGAGCUGUGCCAUGCUCUAGUUCUUACUUUACUGUUAUGCCCUUUUGGAAGACAAAACUGUAUAAGAUCUUACCUUAUAUAGGAAGUUGCAUAAUAAAGCUGAUAAAUUUAGUCAACCAGAAAAGAAGCUGGCAGUUAUAGAUGGUGGAUCUAAGGUCACGUAGUCUUAAGUUGGUUCUCUUCUCUAGAUAAUUGUUUUAAAUUAAUGAAAAUAUUUUAUUCUUAGGGUGGGGAGUCAUGCUUGGUUGGUUUUCCUACUUAUCCAAGUAGUGACAUCUACAAAUCUGGUAGUGCGGGUCCUCUUUUCUUGUGGAUAUCCUCUGUUGGCUUGAUACAAAUUCAUGUUGCCUACACAAAUAAACAAAAAUUAGUUUCCAUGUCCAUGUGAAGCCCACCUCUAGAACUGAUCAUAGCCUUUGUGCUCUAUAUACUCUGAUUUGAGCUCGAAAAAUGUGAUGCAUUUGAUGAAAACACUAAUUAAUCAGCUAAAUAUCAUUCAUGCUAGAUGCAAUAUAAGUUUUCUUUUUUCCUGCUUCCUUUUUUUUUUU